GGGUACCAGAGCAUGUCAACGCCUCGUGUAUCUGGGUGUAGAUUAUCCUCCCUCCAGCAGGCGGCGCUGCUGACGUGUGUUUGUCAACACCACAGCGAGGUCCCUUCUUCACCUGAAGCUUGGUCCUCUGGUCCUCAUCCCCUGCAGACACUCAGCACAUCGCAGCUUUCACUCCUCACGCUCAAAGAGCAGUUUUCACACAGACGCUUUUCAUGAAAACUGCCUUUUUCCUCCGCGACGUGAGAGAAGAAGAAUGCACCGUUUGAGGAAUCGGAGCAGGAAGUUCCCACACUGAUCUGACUGAACCAUGGAUCCACAUCAGUGGGGGGGUGACCUGCGAAGACUGCAGAAACAUGUGGACCAAAGUGACAGUGAUGUGAGGGACAGCAUGAGGAACACCUCAAGACCUGAUGAUGGCUGCGGGUACUCGAGAUACACAGCUGAUGAUGCACACAACAGCAACAGAGGCAGCGUGGCUGAGGAAAUGAAUGACGAAGAGCUCGUGAGGAAGUGUGACGAGCUACGAGAGAUACAGCAGAAAAUAAUACUCAAGAAAGCUGCCCUCGCUUUGAAAACGUUGGAGCCAGGCUUCUCCUCUGAUGCAGAAACACGUAACGGUGAAAGCCUUCGAGACAGAGUCAAUUUAAUUUUGCAGCAGCGGCAUUCUCUCGGCGUUGUGCCAAAGAUCCUGUCACCCAAAAGGAGAAUGAACUCAUCCAAGGAUGCUUUGCUGCUUGAAGAUCAUCCCCUGAAACUGAGAGUGAAGGCAUUAAUGAAGCAGAGAUGUAGUGUUCCCCCUGUGCUGCCAUCAAACACAGAGGCCCUUGAUGUAACACCGCCUCCUCCCAGCCAAAGAGUUACUUCACCAGCCAGGGAGGAGACCAGCAACAUGGGUUUCCAGCGCUUUCUUAGUAUUCUCAACAAAGGAGUGGACAUCAACUUGCUCAGCAGGAUUGUCAAUGAAGAUGGGGAGAAUCUUGAUUUGGGUGAGGAGCUCCUCAACAUUGAGCCCUCUGCUGUGGAGGACAAGUCAGAAAUGGGUGAGAGACAGGGAUCACACAGCAGUGCCUCCCUGCCGAGAUGCAGUGGGACUGACGGUGGAGGAAGGGAGACUAGCUUGUCCAGUAGAGAGAAAUCCCUCAAUGACCGUCCCUCUCUGUGUGGUGAUGAAGAGAAAAACAUGAAUGAAAAAGGAGAUGACUCUUUAUGCUCCAGCAGAGAAUCACAUUCUCCCCCUGCAGUAAAAAAGAAGAAGAAGAAAGAGGAAGAACCCCCAAAGGUGGAUGAGCAGCAUGAGCAGCUGCAGAACAUUCUUAAAACUCUUGGGUUGAGCCUGGAAGUGGAGGAGAUGAGCAAACUGGCAGACCGGACUCAGGAGAGACUAUAUGGAAAGAAGCCUGAAGGCAGAGUUGAUGCAGGCAGCCGAGUGGAGCAGGAGAGUCGACAGAGAGGCUUCGACAGACAGUGCAGGAGCUCAUCGUCUUCAUCGUCAUCGUCUUCAAGGUCGACCUCGAGGAACUAUAUCCCAAGCAUCUCUCGCCAAUGUCCCUCUCACACCUGGUACACGAAACAAAAGCAAGAGUCUGAAUGCAGUAACUCAGGAGAUGGCAACCAGGACAGCGAGGAAGCUCAGAGGGCCAGGGACAUAGACGACGACAGAGGAGAAACCUCCUCUUAUCUUUAUCAGUAUUUACAAGAACAAGCUUAUUGCAAUGCCCAUCCUGCUGCUCUGUCUGAAUUUUCAGAUUACAGUUUGUCCCAGUGCUCCGGGUACACUGACUAUGACGGUACUACCACUAAUUCUUACUCCACAUACACGCAGGGUGUAGCUCCUCCUCCCCUUGAUGUCAGAGGGUAUCCCCACCCACCGGUCACAGACCAUGACUUUCCUGGCUCGGUAGUAGCCCCAAACAUUGUUUACCCUCGUCGUAAACGGUCAAAGAGGAAAUCAUCUGUUAACUUGCUUGUGAAUCCGGACUUGUCUACAAGUGAAGGCCAGGCUGGAUCAGCUGGCCAACGCUGCCUGCAGGUCAUCAGAACCAAGUCAACCCCUCAGCACUUCAUAAAGCAGCUUGUGUCAGAGCGAAAGAUGAAUACAGAUUACAAAGGGAACCGUCAAACAUGGAUUCGACCAGUUCCAGAAGCACCAAUUGUUAAAAAAAACCAUUCAAAAGCUUAUCACAAAAGAAUGGCAAUUCUUUUUAAUAAAAAACCAGCAAUGCGCAAAAGAAAACACUUAGAAGAAGGUGAUUUAAAAACCGAGCAGCCAAAGGACGACAAAAGACCUCCGCCAGAAGACAAAAGACCACCACGACAGGAGGACCAAAGACCGUCUCCAGAGGAGGAAAUAAAGGUGAACCUAAGGAAGAAGCUUGAAGCAUUUAACCAGAAGGUGAAGCGACAAGUCCCACAGCCAGCCAACUCCCGAACUACUCACAAUGAAUCUCUGGAUUAUCAAGACCUUAUAUGAAUGUGCCUAGGUUGGACCUCAUGUUGAACACUCAUUUACACAUACUUUUUGUGUCAUGGGACUUUUAUGGAUUUGUGAUAUUUCCACAUUUCUGCUGAAUCCUUCUCAAACAAGUGAAUGACUUCUUCAAAGGAAGGUUUUUAUGAAAUAUAUGGUGGAUUUUCUCAUUUCAGCCCUGCAUUUCUAUAUAUAUAUUAUGAAUUUGUUAUUCUGUUUCAUUCUGCAUUUUCUUCUCUUGAUACUGUAUAAAAUGUAUAAAGAAAAAUCUAUUCUUCUCAUAUUUCUCUGCCUUAAAGGAAUAGUUCUCCCAAAAAUGAAAAUGCACUCAUCAUCUACUCACUAUUUCGAUUGAGGGGGGGGUGGUGAAGUGUUUGAGACCACAAAACAGUAUUUUCAGUUUUAGGGGUAAACACUGUUGCAAUCGAAUCUAAUACAGUCAAAGUAACUGGGGACCGAUUCUUCAAACGUAAAGAAACUAUCCUCCACUGGAGCUGUGUUCACGUGUGAAUCACAGCGGACAUUUAGAUGAAAACAUUGUAUGAAUGAAGCCGUUUCGAGUCGAAGAUGAAUGUUGGCUUACGGACACUUAGAUGACAUCAUAGGAGCAGUAUGGAGGCAUGCUAUGUUCUUUUUUCUGUUGUUUUUUUACGUUUGAAGAAUCACAUUCACUUCAGUUGUUUUCGAUUUGGCUGCAACAUGUUUUGUGGACUCGAACACUUCAACCACCCCUUCAUCGACAUAGUGGUGAGUAGAUAAUGACUGAAUGUUCAUUUUUGUAUUAACUAUCCCUUUAACUCCAUGUUUUUUGUAAUCAUGCAUUCACUCACUAAUGGCGGUUCACACACAGUGUCUAAUCAUGACAAUGUGAAAGCUGUUGAAAGCACAAUUUUUUUUUUUUUACAAUAGACAUGAUUUUUUCGUGUGGACAAAAGAAUCAUUUUUUACUGUACAUGUUUGAAUAAUCAGCCAUUAGAGGAUCCUGGUGAUUUUGUGACUCUACUUUUGAUCCAGCGCCACCAACAGGUCUGAAUUCCCACGUCUUUGAGACUUAAUUUCUAAAGAGAAAUUAAAAUGCUAUAAAUACUGAGAUGCUAAACAUUAAACCUGGUCCCAACUAUUUGGACGGUCUGGCUCCAAAGCUGUUGAAUACACUCUCGGCCUGUGGGGAGAUGUGUUUGUACAGCCUGGCAGAAGAUGUCUGAUACUGUGGUAUGGAUGGUUAAGAGGUUUUGGCUUCGGUGGCUAAGGCAGUUCACACAGUUUGCACAUUUUCACAUAUACAGUAUCAUACAGAGCAAUAUUUGUGUUCAUUCAGAAUUGUGUUUUGAAACAGCUGGUGAUUUUAUGUCCAAUAUUCCCCCUCCUUUAGCUCUGUGUUUUGUCUACCUACUCAGUGCUAAUUUAGCAUUGAGCUUCAAUAGAGUUUGGCAGACAAAAGACAGGUGAGCCUGACAAAAUAAAGCUCACUGGUGCUUGGUGAGGUGUUUUACAAUAAAGAGCUAAAACUGAAAAAGCUUAAUUGUUGUUGAAUGAUCAGUGCACAGUAUUUAAAUCACCAUUAA